GUCGCUCGACCUGGUGAGGAGAUCGGAAACUAGGCGAGGGAAGCGCCUUAGUUGCGGGGAGCCGCUCGGGGCUAGAGGAAUCCCAUUCGCUGCCUUGGGAGACCCUUCGUUAGAGUCGAGGCUUUGACAAUUUAACCUCCCCCGGCUUCGCCCCGGUAAGUAGGAGAAGAUUGCAGAAAAGAACAGAGAAGGCUGCCCUUUGCUUGAUUUCACCAACCUCGGGAGAUUUCGACACGUGAGCGUUACAUCACCUGCGGAGCCUUUUUCACCGUGUUUGGAUGCACGUCGGGUUACAAAAAGAAUGGAAGAUAUUUCUGAUAUAGAUUCUUUGGCUACAAGGAUAAAAAAUACAAUGAUUCAGUAUUAUAACAUUGAUGACAAUGAAUGGAGAGUUGCUAGGAAAACAAAAGAUGUUACUGUUUGGCGUAAACCAUCAGAAGAAUUCAGUGGGUGUCUGUAUAAGACAGAAGGUAUUGUGGAAGAUGUUACCAAUAGAAUAAUAGAUCACAUACGGCCUGGACCUUAUCGGAUCAACUGGGAUAGCCUGAUAACCACAAUGGACAUUGUUGAAAAGUAUGAAGAGAAUUGCUGUGUAAUGCGUUACACUACAGCUGGUCAACUAUUGAAUAUCAUUGCACCAAGAGAGUUCAUUGAUUUCUCCUACACAACCAAUUGUGAAGAUGGACUGCUGUCAUGUGGUAUUAGCCUGGAUUACAGUGAAGUAAGGCCAGGUUUUGUUCGAGGAUUUAACCAUCCCUGUGGCUGGUUCUGCUUUCCACUCAUGAACAAUCCAAGACAUAGUCUUUUAGUUGGAUUUAUCCAGACGGAUCUGCGUGGGAUGCUCCCACAAUCAGUAGUAGACACAGCUAUGGCUGGUACACUAAUCAGUUUUUAUUCUGAUCUUAGGAAAGCUCUGAAGGCAUAAUUCUACAAAUUUUCUGUAUAUAUAAUUAUGAUAUGUUGGAAAAUUUCACAUGAAGACCUGUGGUUUUCCAUAUUAGAUAUAGUAGUUUUAUUUGCACAGAUCAGUAUAUUUAUUUUGAAAUAAGACUCUCAGAGAAUUUAGUUGAGAUGAUUGUUCUAAAGUAAUAUCCAUAUUUAUUUUAGAAAAAUGCAUAUGUCCUAAUUUUAAUACCUGACUUCUGUGAAUUAUUUUAUUCUCUUGAACACAGAACUUUUUAUAGUUGUGGAAAGUGUUUUAUCAGGGUAUUAAUUUCAAGGAUUUGAUUUCUUAACAGCGUAUUAGGAAACCAUGAACCAGUGUAUUUGUAUUGGGGAACUUCUUCCCCAUUGCCUUCUACACAUCUUUACAGCAGAAUGUCUGCUAUUCUUGGAAUUUAAAACAUAAUUUAGGGUUCUUCUGUUCCAAGGCCCUCUCUCAAUCCAUGGCUCCAGGUUAUGGUAUUUAUUGGACUACAUUCAGUUAUAGUCCCCCUCAAUGCACUGAAGGUGAUAGGAAUGCAAAUAUACUGUUGCCAUUAUUCCAAAUACACAGAGACCUGUUUUUAUGGACUUAAGAAGUCUGCAGUUUUUCAAGAAAGAUCUUAAGUUUAUAUACUAAAGAGUUAUCAGAACAAUAUAUUGGUUGUGUGAAAUGGCACACGUUUCAGUGCAGCAGAAUUGGUACAUUUUGGAGCUCUCCUUGCCAUAUUGGGAAUACUGCAACUCAGUAUAGUUGCACAUUUGUUUUGGAAAUGCUAUUGUUAUGUAUCAGAGAUCAUCUGGGUGCCAGAUGUGUUUGUCUACUUAGACCGUAGUACAGUGAGAAUAGAAAUUGCAUUCCCAAUCAUUGCCUUGAGGGACAUUAUAACAUUGUUGUGGUACAUGACUUUAUGGUGGCAAGGGAGAUAGCAAUAAGAGAAAGUAUGCUAAUAUACUUGGCUUGUUAUGUUAUUCUAGCACUACCUGAAGAUGUAAAUAUGGGAUACUAAAGAAUGAGCUCAUAGCUGACAGACUAAAAUUGCUAUAAAUGCUUUACCUUGGUUUCUAUUUGUUCAGUCGUAUCCUGAUCUUUAAACGGCUUCCAAGUGAUCCAGAUUUACUGUAUUUUUCGGAGUCUAAGACGCACCUUUUUCCCUCAAAAAAAUUGGUGAAAAUCUAGGUG